CAGUGUAUAGUAGAGUUUACUGUAGGUUGUAUGCAUAAAUGUGGGUGUUGCAUAUGUAUGUAUGUAUGUAUGUAGGAGGCUGAUGAUGAUGAACAGACGGUAACGGGAGUGAGACGCAUGAUCGCGACGGCGCGGCGAGUGUGAGUAUGUAUGAGUGGGGGGAUAGGACACAACGAGAGGUAGAGUAUAGUAGUAGACUUUACUUGGUUGGACUACUCUAUGCUAUGCUGUGGGCUAUGCUACUCUGUACUCUGAUCGUCUACCAGCAGCACCACCACCACCACCAUCAGCAGCACAAGCCCAUAGCACAGAGUACCGCGAACCGCGAAGAAUUGGUAACGACCUUUGCCGCGGCGACGGAUACCCGGUUUAGUUAAUUGAGUUCGAAUCGCGGCUCAUCAGAGUUUAACUUGCGCGCCAUUUAAUAUUUUUAUCACCCGGCCAACUUAUUUGAACAAACCUUAAGUUCAUACGCAUAACUUUUUAAAAAUUAAAUAAAAUUUUUUUUUUUACCGCUACCAUAAAUAUCAACAUGAUAUAAAUGAUCACAUAAACAUUUGUGUUAAUGUGGAUAAAAACCAAUGAGUGUUUGACAGUGGAAAUUUUGUUGAUCAAAGUGUUGACUUUAACUGACUUACUGUUUAUUAUUAUAUUACCUUCACUUAGUCGUUCGUCACGUUCGAAUGUGCACAGGUGCGCCAGGAGGGGGAGGAUAACGGACAAGUGGUGGUGGGAGUACACUUGUUAUUGUGUAUGUAUAUAUACGUACAUACCACGACAUAGAAUAUAUAUGUAUGUACUAAUGUACGUGUAAUGUAUUGAAGAAGGAGCAGACUUAAGAGUAGAGAGAGACUUGUUAGCUGUGUAACGGUUGUUGUUAUUGUCGAGCUCGCGAACGCGACGGAUUGAAUAGACUUUAGCCGCGCGUUAUUUAGAAACAAAACCGACUUAUUUGUGGACGGUAUUUGUGAUUGAAAGGAGACCAAGGGAAAAAAUAUAAGUCGGUCAGUGGUCAGUGUUCGGAGUGGAGCUUUUUUAUUAAUAUUUUUUUAAAUUCAUACACUUUUAUAAAUAUAUAUUGAAAUACCUGUAUUUAUAUUGACUUUGAGUGACAGUGCAUGUGAUAAGUCAUAAAUUCCUUAAAGAUACAUUUAUAAUAUUAUAAUAUAUUAUUAUUGUUAUAUAGACAAUACUAUUGAGGAGCCGAUAGAAUGCUCGACUUUGAACAGCAGGCCAAUCAGGCGCAGGCAUUGGCCUCACUCGACGAGGACUGGCACCUGCUUGAGGACGCUAAGAUGAGAUUAGAGGAAGACUUGGUAAUCCGUAGGAGUCGACCGACCAUGAUAUCAGCCAAGUACCGCGCCAGGGAGGAGCGUAGACGUUUGCUUAAAAUAUCUGCUGGAAAACUUCGCAAUAUCGAGGAUCCAGAAGCUAGUCUAUGUAGAUCUGUACUAAUCAAUAACGCAGUAAGACGGCUACACCGUGAGAACCGGGACGAAAAAACGAGAAAUUAUGGGCUGCCAUUAGCCAGUUAUCUCGAUGAUUCGUCAAAGGAAAAUGAUGUUACUGGAAAUCUUAUUGUCGGCACUGAUUCGGAAUCUUCUAAAAAGAGACUGGGUGAAGAAUUACGUGGAAGCGAAAGUUUAAGUCCAAAACGUCAAAGGCACGAUGACCUAGACUUGCAAGAUGAAGUAUUCAGUGACUUUUACAUCCUGCCACCUUCCCCGCGACUCUUAUCCCACAUAGACGACCUGCCGGAUCAGCAGACGGAAAAUUCUCUGGGUAGUUAUCACCAGCAUGAUAAUCGGUUGGGAUCAACGAGCGAUCGUUCGACGACAUCAGCCAAUAUCUUUACCACGGAUAUUGUCGACACGUCGCUGUCGUCAAUCGGCAGAUCCACGGACUCUAUAAAUUUAAUGGAUGUGACGGACGUUGGUUGUGAUACCGAUAGAAUUUGUGACUUUCCCAGAUUCUCUGAUUCUAAAACCCUUGAAGAAAGAUUUGUUGAAUUACAUUCGCUUGAUGAACACUUUGAUCUUACUAAAUUUGAAAGAAAUAACAAUCAAAGUUGCGGCAGAGCCUUUCAUGACAUCCAGACCUUCCACAGUCUUGUGCCCGGUCUUGAGACCUAGACCAAAAUUAAGUCUGAUGACACUUCGGAGACGCAUCUGCGUCGCUAAUUAUAUCAGAAUUUUUUUUUUUUAAUACAUAAAUAAUUAAUUAAGUAAAUAAAUUGCGUCGGGCGAUAAAACACUCCGGCGUUUAGAGACUGUCCUGCUUGUACCGAGACUGGAUAACACGAAUAGAAUGAAAAAUAAAAAUCCAUAAGGACAUGGAGGUUUUGAUGCCGCUGGAGUUUAUCCUUUAUCAUUGUCUGAGGAUAUCUGAGGAGUCGUGUCGAGACCACGUCAGCUAAAUCGUCCAAGUGGAGGAGACUGCCUUAAUCGGAUCACACGGAUACUAAACGUCGUUUUUCACGACCGUCCGCAGCUGCAAUCCGUCUAGUUAAAUUCGUAAAUAUUUCGGCAGCCAUUAAACCGCCAAUUUUUUUUUUUCUUCAUCAUUGUAACGAGUACAAUAUUGAGACAAUUUAAUUUUUAAAUAAUUGUUUAAAUAUUAUAUUUUUUAAGCCAUCAACUUUUUAUUUCCUCAACUUAUUUUAUUAUUUUGUUGUGGAUAAUUUAGUGUUGGAUAUGAAUGAGCAGGUGAGGCGUCGGCGAUACGAAUCUUUUAUUAUAAAUAAAUAUAUAUAAUAUGUAUGUAUAUAUUGUUUAAUAAAAUACAUUUAUAUAUAUACAUAUAGAAAUAUAUACAUACAUAUUUAUAUAAUUAUUUUAUUGAAAUAUUGUAUACACAACGUUUGUAUAUACAUAGAAUAUUUUAAGAGCGAAUGUCUCGCGAUUUAGUUUAAAUUUCCAUUGCAAGCGAUUUUAAAAAAUAUUAAAAAAUAAAAAAAAAAAAAAAAGUAAAUAAAUUUUGUCUUUGGAAAAUUACUGUCGCUGAGACAACGCACAUGUGUAAAUAAGAAUUAUUGAGAUAAAUAAAAUGAUAUAAUUAAAAUAAAUAAUAAAAUAAGUCGAGAGUAGAUACUGCAAAUUGUGGAUUGAAAAUGACGUUAUUUCAAUUAAUCAAGAUUUAUCGGUGUCGCAUUCACUGCGACUGGGCCUUAGUUAAUUAUUUUUUUGUUUUUAAUCAUUAUAAUUAAAUGAUG